AUGCUACUGUUCUUGGUUGUGGGGCUGCUGGUCCAUCUUGUGUUCUUCGCCUCCAUCUUUGACAUUUACUUCACGUCUCCUUUGGUCCAUGGGAUGACCCCUCAGCUUACCCCGCUGCCUCCUCCAGCUAAAAGACUGGUGUUGUUUGUUGCUGACGGCCUGCGAGCAGAUGCACUUUAUAAACUCGAUGAAGAUGGACGUUCUCAUGCCCCCUUUAUCAGGAAUAUCAUAAUGCAUGAAGGCAGCUGGGGGAUCUCUCACACCCGUGUGCCAACAGAGUCUAGGCCCGGGCACGUGGCCUUGAUCGCUGGAUUUUAUGAAGAUGUCCGUGCUGUUCUCAAAGGUUGGAAGGAAAAUCCUGUAGAAUUUGACUCGCUUUUUAAUGAAAGCAAAUACACAUGGAGCUGGGGAGAACUUUGUAUUCUCUCUCUGUUUGCCAAACGUACUAAUAGAGAGCAUAUUUAUACAUGCAGUUACGACAUUGAAGGAGGAGAGAAUUUUAAUUCCAGUGGCGAAGGAACUCUGGAUUCCUGGGUCAUGUUAAGGGUUCAGGACUUUUUUCAUGCUGCCAAAAUCAACCAGUCUUUGUCUUCUAAACUGAAUGAAGAGAAAGUAGUUUUUUUCUUGCAUUUAGAAGACAUAGAUACAAUUGGAAAUGCUUAUCUACCCUCAUCAAGAGAAUAUAAAGUCGCUCUUAAGAAGCUUGAUGAUGGAGUGAAAGAAAUCGUGUCCAUAUUUAAGCAUUUUUAUGGCAAUGAUGGGAAGACUGCAUUUAUCUUUACCUCUGACCAUGGAAUGACAGACUCAGGGUCCCAUGGGGCUGGCCAUCCUUCAGAGGUUCUCACUCCUUUAGUUGCUUGGGGAGCUGGAAUCAAGUCUCCCCAGAAAGUAUCAGCCCAGCAUUUUGAUGAUGAGUUUUUGAAAGAGUGGAAAUUGGAGAACUGGAAGAGGCUGGAUGUCAGUCAGAUUGACGUUGCACCAUUGAUGGCUUCCCUUAUUGGAGUUCCCUUUCCUCUUAAUUCAGUGGGUACCCUUCCUGUGGAUUACCUUAAUACGACCAGUCUCUUCAAAGCCCGGAGCAUGUUUACAAAUGCGGUCCAGAUUCUCCAACAGUUCAAGGUGAAAAUGACACGGAAAAAAGAAGUGACUUUAUCGUUUUUAUUUACACCAUUUAAGUUGCUUUCUAGUUCUAAACAGCUCAAAAGUUUAAGGAGAGCACGUACUUACAUGCGGCAGGGGAGGCAUGAAGAAGCAAUCUCCCUUUGCAAGGAGCUGAUUGGCCUUGCACUGGAAGGAUUGUCCUAUUACCACACUUAUGACCGGUUUUUUCUGAGGAGCAGUGUGGUUAUUGGUUUUGUGGGAUGGGCAUCAUAUGUGUCUUUGCUGCUCAUCAAGCCUCAUACAACCUUUACAAGAAAUGUUAGCAAAGAAGUUAAGAAACCAAGCUACGUUCCGCCCUGUAGUUUUGUAGCUGUUGGCAUUUUAAUGGCAUUUUUCCUCCUGAUCCAAUCCUGUCCCUGGACCUACUACAUGUAUUGCUUGUUGCCAGUGCCCAUAUGGUAUGCGGUUCUAAGAGAAUCUCAUGUCAUCCGGGGCCUUGUCACGUCACUGCGGGCCUUCCCUCUGCAGCAUUCUGUUGGGACUCUGUGCGUCUUUAUCUUGGGAAUUGAAGUGUUGGUUCUCAGUUUCUUCUACCGCUAUAUGCUUACAGCUGGACUUAUCGCAUUUGCUGGCUGGCCAUUUGUCACUCAGCUGUGGACUCGAACCAAGAUCUCUUCACUGAGCUGGACUUUCUUCUCCAUUCUUCUGUCGCUGUUCCCUUUGAUGCCUGCUGUGAAACAGAAGUCAGACACCACUUUCGUAAUGUUUGCAGGCUUCCUGGUUCUUCUGCUGUCACUGUUUUUCAUAGCAUCUGUCACAGAAAGAAAAGAGAAAUUUGUAAAGGAAAAGCUGUUGCUAUAUCCAUUACAGCUGCUGAGCCCGGUGCUCUCUAUGCUGGUUGUGUCCAGCACCCAUCACAGUCUGCUCAGGAAGCAAGGACUGCCGCUCUGCAAUCAGGUCGUUAGCUGGACCCUGCUGGCCUCCUCCCUGGUGGUGCCUCUGCUGAGUCCCUCCGUCCUCCUCCAGCGACUGCUCAACAUCCUUCUGUCCCUGAUGCCCACCUACCUGCUGCUAAGCACAGGGCACGAAGCUCUGUUUCCAAUAAUCUUGUCAUGCUUCUUGUUCUCCUGGUUAUACUUGGAGCAAGAAACUCUUCAACAGUCUGGUGCUUUCUCUAAACAAAAGCUCUCCAGUAUUACAUUUUCCUAUCAGAAGGAUUUAUCACAGUCUCGACCACUCUGUCUGGAUGACAUCCGAAGGGUCUUUUUCUUUGUUUUUUUAUCCAUUGUAGCAUUUUUUGGAACAGAAGACAUAGCUUCUAUUAACAGAUUUGAUCCUUAUUCUGUCACUUGCUUUCUGAAGAACGUUCACUCUUUUGUGAUGGGACCCUUGAUAAUCUGGAAGGUUUUAAUCCCCUUCAUCCUUGUGAUGUGUGUUUUUGAAGCAAUCCGGUUAACUACCCAGCUGCCAUUGAGAAGUGUUUUUCUUAUUGUUCUUGUGAUAUCAGACAUCAUGGCUCUGCACUUUUUGUUCUUGAUAAAAGAUUUUGGCAGCUGGCUUGACAUUGGAACAAGCAUUACCAACUAUGCUAUUGCCACAUUCAUGACUCUCUUGCUGGGACUGUUUGGUGGCCUGGUACAGCUGCUCACAACGAAGCAGCUCAAACUGUGGGAAAAGCCCAAAAUCCGUCUCAUGUGA